GGCGACUCCGAUCGGUCUAGUACUCCUGCUGGGCCGCACGCCUAGGGAGGAGGCAUAAUAGCGGGCAGCGGCAGAGCGAGCGGCCACGCUUCCACCCUGUGCCGAGCAUAACAUACUAUUGCAUACAACAACGCAGCAUCGCAUUCUGAACCGAAUAAACGGUUCGAUAAAAAAAACGUAAGAAGCGUUAGAAGCCCAAUUGCCAUGUCGGGAAGUGACAGCCCAACAUUUUUUCACGGUCAACCAUGGUCCAGUUGGAUAGAAAAAAUUGGAAGGGAUAAACCGCUGAGUGACGAUGAAACUGAAGAUGAACCACGAAGCUCGGUAAUGCGACUUGCUGCGGAAGAUAUCGAUCUAUAUGGUUUUUGCCCAGAGAGGGAUGCGUUUUACGGAGUGGUCUGCGAAAUUUGUAACGCGAUCGUUAAACCACAAGCCCUGAUACAGCAUAUGGAAAUACGACAUCCAUCUGGUACAGUGAACCUGCCGCCGCCUGCAAACCCGGUAGUAAAACCGAUAGCCAAAACAGCCUACUGCAAAGUAUCAAAGUUGAAAAAGACCCAGACGUCGCAGCUCCCGUCUAGCAGUAAAACGAACAAUACUACGUCGAACAAACGCACGGCUGAACAAGCGAACCUCCAUCCACAAUUACCUCUAUCCUCGCCGCGUUCGCCGCUCGAAAACAUUCCGAUACAGAUAACGAACAGCGGUUCAACGGUCGGCUCGAGCCCGGUAAAAAGCCCGGGCAGUGGGAACCACCAACGUCGGAAAAAGCCGAAACCUGAACGCUCGCUGCUCAAGGACCGGGAGUAUGACCCGGACCGGCACUGCGGUGUCUGGAACGAUGAGACGGGGAAGCCGUGCACCCGCUCCCUCACCUGCAAGGCACACACGGUCUCGUUGCGGAGAACGGUCACGGGCCGAAGUAAAACCUUCGACAAACUCCUCGCCGAGCACCGGGCCGCGAAGGAGUUCCCGCCGGCGAGGAGUUCGACGAAAGUGACUCUGACGGGAACGGUGACGAUGACCUCAACGUCUUCGUCCUCGUCCUCCUCAUCGAGCGCGGGUCAGAGCUUGAACGCGAUUGUGAUCGGUGCCGUACACGCUAACGCGGCCAGUGAUUCUGCGACGCCGAGUUCACCGCCGGUUCUCUCUCUGCCUGAUAUGUACCCCUUGCCAAAGACCAAGCUCGAGGAAGACUUCGCCAACCAAGAACUGGGCCUGGAGUCCUCGAUGGUCAACUCGGCUGGCAUACCGGGUUCGAUAACUGCGCCCAUAUCGGUUCUGCUCCCGUCCUUGUCGCCGGCGACCGCUAAGAACGGGGAACCUUCGAUCGCCACUCUCGUACCUGCGACCUGCACAGUUUCACCGGCGCCCUCGAUCGUUCCGGCCUCUCUACCUACGGCCCAGCCGCUGAUAUCGAACAUCCUGGAGGCGGAAACUCCGGUGGAAUUGGACUCCGAAAGUAUAACGAUAUACUCGCCGAUUUCCGGUUACAAGGACUCCGGCAAGUCCCAAAUAAUCGUCCAGAUCCCACCAUCGACCAUCAGCAACGCUCUACAUUCCCCUAUUAGUAAAUCCUACACCGCCCAGGCGUCGAUGCCGUGUUUGAGCAUAUUCGAAAACUCCGUACCAACCGCGACGGCGGCAACAUCCUCGGCUUCGGUGUCAGCGAACCAAAUAAUCAAUGGGAAACGGAAUAACAGCCACAUGAGCGGCUCAACUACCAGAGCGUUGAAACGGAGUAAACACGAUUUUUCGCAAGAGUAUUCAACCGCGAUUCAAGUCGAGGCGACGACAACGUCGACACCUUACCCGCAUUUCGGGGACAUAUCCUGGUCCAACUGCCACCCUGAACCGUUAGCAGUUAGUCGUUGGCUCCGCAUCACGUCCAACCGUAAACAAUACAACUUUAACAUUCACUGACACAAAACUCUACCUACUCCAGGCUAAAGGUUUUGCACACGCCUCGUUUACCGAACUACCUCUUAAAUAUUUCGAAUUAUUUCCCAAAAUUCUUAUGGGUUAAGUAUUCCAUUUUUUCUGUACCUUUACGCCGAAUUUCAACCGUUCGAAAAGAGGCUUAAAGAGAUUCGGCGGCAAAAAGUAACGCGGAACAAAUUUAUCUGUCUUUCAUUUUUUUAGAAAUUCAAAUUUGUUUUUCCGUUUCUUUUUCAUUUUUCUAAUUACUUUGUUUCUACUUUUUCUCCCCAAUUAUCUUUUUUGCACGUCGGUUUACCGCUUUAUGUACAGUUCACAAGCAGCAGUUCGGUUCAGUUCGCCGAAAGGUGAGGUACCGGGAUCCGUUCGAGGCUGCAGUAAUUUUUUGUAAUAUAUAAUUAGAAAAAAUGAAAACGAACAAAAAAAAAAAAAAAAAAAAACAACAUAAUGAAAAACUAGAAAAAACAAACGGGAUAUCGUUGUUUUACAGUGCCCGCACUGUGAUUAUAUUAUAUUAAAACGUUGGAUAAAUUUUUUGCAACUGAAUCUAAUGUUUAAAUUAUUUUCUUGCAUGUAAAUGAUCGUUUAGAAAAUUCGUGUACAGAUUGAGUGAGUGAUGGUUGUUUGGUUUUUUACUUUAGCUAAUUUUUUCCUUUUUUUUAUCAAUGAGGAAUUCACCCUGUGUAUUAUCUGUUAGCGUUAAUUUUUUUUUCCUUUCUCUCUCUCUUCGUGAAACCACAAUUGUGAUCAGAUUAUUGUGAACGUUUUCUGAGAGAAGUUUUAUUUAAUUUUUUUUUUUUUUCGACCAACAUCGACGUUGAACAAUCGAAUGGGAGACAUUAUAUUUUUUAUAACUAGGUUUAAUUUAUUUUUUAUUCACGUGAUGUAUAAAUUUAAUGAUUGCUUGCACGCGCGCAACGUCGCGAAGUUUCGUUUUAAUUGCCGUGACGAACAAGACGAAACGAUAUAAAGUCUGAUAAAUGAUAUAUCAAAAUAUCAUAAUUUAUACCUGUAAUAGACGUAGCGCUGAUGCAACAGUCGUUUUUCCCCGUCAGAUUUCAUGAUUUUUAAUCGCAUUAUCAUUAGCGCCAGUAAUUUAUUUUCCCGUUGUACAAUAUUAUUUCUACAUAAGUGUAUAUAUUUCACGUUUUUUUUUUUUCCUAGGCAAGUUUCUUUAUAUUAUAUGGAAAUUCGUAAUUAUUAAAUGUCUACGUUAAGAAGAUUUUGUACAUGUUUUAUUUAGAAGACAAAAAAGUAAAGGAAAGGAAGAAAAAAAAAAAAAAAAAAAUGAAAAGAAAUUGCAGAAACAAGGAAAAAACGAUGAACGCUUAAUCGUUGAAUUAUUUGAAUUAAAUUAGAGUAAAUAAUUGAAACAAUUUUUUUGUUUUUACACAACAAGUUGCAUAAGGACGCAAUUUAUUCCUUGUAAGAGCAAAAAAAAAACAAAAUACCGAUUUGCACCGUGUAUCUCUUUUUUUUCUGUGGCUGAGACUCAGAUGUACUAUAUGUUGAUUUUCUACUCGCAUUUUGUAUUAUGUUUCUUAUUUGUUCUAUUUAUAUUUUUCAACGUUUUAAAAUAUUAGUAAAAUUUCUUAUCUUGGUCUCGAUAUGUCCAUUUACCAACAAUUAAAGAGGAUGUAUUUAAUAAAAUAAUUCAUGGAAUUUCAUGAGUGUACAUGUAAUGUAAUGGAAUUUAAUAACAAGAAGAUAAUGCAGAUGAUGAUUGUUACGUCUCAUGAAGUGACAUCAGGAUUCUUAAUUUUUUUAUCCUCCUGUUCUUCGUUUUCAUUAACUUCUUCCGCUAUCUUCAUUCGGGAAUUAUUAACUCUCCGUUUACAUCGAUUCGAUUUUCUCCAAAAAAGAAAAAACACUGUAAUUCUUAUUUCCCAACUCGCAUAAUACAAAGAUAGAAAUAGCAAGAAAAAGAAAAAUCAGAAAAUCAACCUGUUCAUUCGUGUUGAAUAAUAACAUGUGAGAAAAAUUUUAUCGUUACUCUCGAUUUGACAUGGAUAUGCAGACAAAGUUCGUUUCGUUUCUACGUAUAAAUUUAUGUAUACGAAUGUCGAUGUGUAAAGAAGACUUUGUUGUAUACCUGAUACAAAAUAGUAUAAUAAAUAACAACGGCAUGUAAGACGAACCGGAAACAGAGCAAAACUAUUCGAAAUCAGACGUGGCAAACUGUUUCUACUAAAGAAUCAUAAUUUUGUCACGUGCUUGACAUUUCUUUCGGCUCUGUUCCGAUAUCCGCGAUGUAAGUUCAAAAUUUCCAACAUUAUCCCCGGAGAUCGGAUAAUGUUAUUAUAAGUUUAUAAUGAAUAAUCGAGAUAGUGUAAUAAACGCAGAGAACUGACCGUUCUGUAAAACUGAAAUUAUAGAUAAAUUGCGUAUGUAUGUAUAAAUCGAAAGCAUGCAUUAAUUGUAAACGGCAUUAUACGUAUACAAACACAUUGAACAUGUUCAAUGUAGAAUCUUGCCAGGUUUAACCGGGAAUUUAAACGCUCUACACGUUUACAAUGUACACGUUAAUCAACGGAUCCGAGCGUAUAUUAAACAUUAUGUAUUACACAACAACGCGUUGUUUCACCUACAGGUGCAUAAACAUCUGCGUACCUACCUAAUUCGUGUGUAUACGUAUUACAUAAACAUACAUAUUACACACACAAACACUAGAAAUUGAAUUGUAUAAUAAAUAGUAUGGCGUAUUUCGCAACUUAUCACACACAUGCAUGUAUAAUAUACAUAUAAUACGAUAACUAUGAAUCGUCUAUAUUAUAGUAUGUGUGUUAAAACAAUCUGUACCGCUUAAAUCAAAUUUUUAUAUAAAGACUGCUGUAAGUUCUACUGAAACUAUAAUGGAACGGAAUAGUUAUAAUAAUAAUAAUAAUAAUAAUAAUAAUAAUAACAAUAGUAAUGAUAAUAGUAAUAAUAAAUAUAAAAAAAAAUGAUAACAACAACAACAAUAAUAAUAACAACUGUCUGUUACAUAUAUAUAUAUAUAUAUAUAUAUAUAUACACAAAAUGGCGAUUGUUGACGAUGAGAAAAUUAGAUACAGCAUAUAACAUAAUGUAUGCGAACAAAAUAAUCAUUCAUGUUUGGUCGUUGAGGAGAAAAAAAUCCUGGAGCAUUAAUUAUCAGGUAUACGCAUCGGUUUACGUGUAGGUCAAGCUAUUAUGAAAUUAUGUACUGACUCCUCAUUAUCAUAUAGAUUGUGAUAUUUACUCUUAGUGUAAAAAUAUGAAUAACAAUGACAACAAUAACAAGAAUAUAAAAUUUAAAAAAAAAAAAUUAAAUAAUAAUAAUAAUAAUAAUAAUAAUUAAUAAACCAAACAACUUUAUCUCUCUACACAAUAUAUACAUUUUAUACAUAUAUAGCAUGGAGUUGCAUAAACUUGUAUAAAAAAAAAAUAUACCGCCGUAAUGUUUAAUAAUUUUCCGGUCGCCCUAAAUCUUUUCAUUGGCUUUACACCCACACACACACACACACACACAUACAUGUAUAAUUAUAUAUAUGAUAAAAUAAUUUUUCGCUAUGAAAUAUCAAUGAUGAAUACGUUAAAAAAAACCAUACGAUAUAUGUAUAUUAAAAAUAUGUCACUUGUAAUUAUACUGCGAAACAUAUAACAUAUUAUACGAACGUAAAUUACGUUACAUUAUAUGUGUAUAAUGGUACAUUUAUACGCGUCAGGAAAGGAAAAAAAAAAAAAAAAUUGCCACGCAACGCUGAUCUAUCAAAUGUUAUCUGUCGUUGGUAGCAUACUUAUAUAUUAUUAUCAUUAUGAUUACCAUCAUCAUCGUUAUUAUUAUUGUUAUUGUUAUAAUCAUUGUUACGAUUGUCAUUAUCAUCACUGCAUUAAUCGAUGUGUAAGUCUUAAGUGUUACAUCGAUGCCAAUAAGCUUCGUCGAUGCAAUUCGUAACGGAAGAAGUAUUAAUUAAUAAUAUUGUACAAUGAAGUAUUGCUUGCGUUCAAUGUGCGCACGGAAAAACCAUACAAAAAAGAAAAGGAAAAAAAAAACCCGCCUCGAAAAAGAUGAAGAAAGAAAUAUAAAAUUAGAAGCAA